GGUGGCUGGUACUUGCUUCUUAUCGAACCCGUCAAUACUAUGGCCACUGAAGAAGAGAAGUUGACAAGCAAAGACUACUACUUUGACUCCUAUGCCCACUUCGGCAUUCACGAGGAAAUGUUGAAGGAUGAGGUGCGAACUUUGUCGUACCGGGCAUCUAUCUAUCAGAACAAGCACUUGUUCAAGGACAAGAUUGUUCUCGAUGUUGGCUGUGGUACUGGUAUCUUGUCCAUGUUUGCUGCCAAGUCUGGUGCCAAGCAUGUCUAUGGUAUUGACAUGUCCAAUAUCAUUAUCCAAGCUCGCCAAAUCGUCGAUGAUAACGGUUUGACCGACAAGAUCACCUUGAUCCAAGGAAAGAUGGAGGAAGUUCAAUUGCCUGUUCCUCAAGUUGACAUCAUUAUCUCCGAAUGGAUGGGUUACUUCUUGUUGUACGAAUCCAUGUUGGAUACUGUCUUGGUUGCUCGUGACAAGUACUUGGCUCCAGGCGGUAUGAUCUUCCCUGACAAGGCCACCAUGUACAUUGCUGCUAUUGAGGAUGGUGAUUAUAAGGAUGAAAAGAUCGGAUACUGGGACAAUGUUUAUGGAUUCGAUUACUCUUCUAUCAAGAACCUUGCCAUCAAGGAACCCCUGGUCGACACUGUUGAUGUCAAGACUGUUGUUACCAGUCCUUAUCCCUUCAAGGAAAUCGACAUUCUUACUGUUACCAAAGAGGAUUUGACUUUCACCAGCGACUUCAAGCUCACUGCUGCUCGUGACGAUUAUAUCCAUGCCUUCAUUGCUUGGUUCGACAUUGCUUUCACCGCUUGCCAUAAGCCUGUACGAUUCUCCACCGGCCCUCACGCCAAGUACACUCACUGGAAGCAGACUGUUUUCUACACACCCGAGACUGUCACUAUCAAGGCUGGCGAAGAGAUUAGUGGAACUGUUCGCUGCGCCCCUAACAAGAGCAACCCUCGCGAUUUGGAUAUCGACAUAGACUACCGAUUCCAAGGUGUUAAUGGAGAGUGUGAGGAACACUGCGACUUCAAAAUGUGCUAGAAUACCAAAAGACAAGACGACAUUGUUUCUUCUUUUCAGUUUUUGUACUUGCCCCUCCCUAACCAUCUUCUGUUACCAACAUGUAUCCCUUCCUUACACACCUUGUCUUUCAUUAUUUUUUUUUCUCUUCUCAUGCAAAAAUCACCCGGUCCAUUUGACAGACACAUUUAGAAACUACCAGCUUUUGUUUUUUCUUUUUUCAAAUGUAUUUACAUAAAUUACAUAUCGUUUGAGGAAAACAGAAAGGAAAAAGCAGAACAA